AAUGUUACCCCCAUAUCGCCAUGUUGGUUUAGAGAAAUGAACACCCAGAUACGAUUCGAGACUUUAAACACAGAAAACUUUAAAAUUUCUCCAAGUAAAUGAGUAAGAAUAAUUGAAGGUAACAAAGAAAGCUGAAUAAUUAAGAUGAGCGGUCUAGAAGAGCGUAAAGCAAAGCGAAGGAGGCACAAGGGAAGUUCUGUUGUCAAGACUUCAAACCAGACAUGUCAAAGUUUUCCUGGGUCACUAGGCUUUGAUUUGUCAAACCCAGCGCCGACGGAGAUAUUAUCGCCAAGCCUUGAUUCCGAGACCAUGCAGAAAUUAGAGAAGCUAAUGGAUGCUAAGGAUGACUGUGAUCUUCCUCAACUACUGCCACUCUCCAGGGGACCUAACCCAUACCUAGAUAAGGAAAGGUGCCUCCUUUGUGGCUGUGAGAGAAAUGAAGCACCUGAUUUACUUUCUGUGGGAGAUUUAGGAAACUCACAAAAGAGCAUGGAAAAUGCUUUGUCUCAGUUACCUUUGUGGGUUUGUCUGGAAUGCAGGAAGGCCACCGAGCAAGGCAUGGACAGAAAAGUAGAUGUCACAUCCUUUAUGGAUGCGGACUUGCAACCAGAGCCAUCUCCUUUGCCAUUCUUGGAUCCUGGGUUAGAUUCCGAGCCAUCCACACCCAAUGGCACAGUGUGUAACUGUGAGGCGUGCACAGAAAGACGACAAAUUGAGACAGAACAUGACAGAGAAACUCAGGAACUUCAAAACUGUUGGACAGAGUUACGGAAACUUGUACGGAUGUUGUAUGGAAGGCGGGAAGGGGAUUUGUAUGAGGAAGAUACCAAUGUACCUGAUGAUGAGUCAGCCCAAGACUCAGUUCACAGAUUGUGUACAAGGGAUCCCCAUCAACUCUUCCUUCGAUUGGAGUCCCAAGUCAGAGAAUUUGUGAUAGAAAUGAAAGUAAAACUGCUGAAGCAACUCAAUUCGGGUUAUAAAUCCCCACCUGAGGCCAAGUCUUUCAUCCAACUUUUGCUAGAUGAAUACGAGCAUCUUUGUGUGGUUUCAAGGAAAAUGGGCAAAAUUUUAGAAAAAUUAAAAACAGAUCACCUGUCCAAAUUUAAUGUGACUUGGGAACUGCACAACAAGCACCUGUUUCAAUCCAUAGCUUACACAGAGCCUUCCAUUCAGAGCAGUCUUCAUCUUAUUAUUUCACAGCUAAGACUUGGUGCUGCUUCCAAGGAAUCGUAUCAUGAGGAUACAUAUCCCAACCUUUUACAUCGUUAUCUGAAGUUUGACGAUGAAAUGUCUGUGAUUUCUGUGGUGUGGAGGGACAGCCAUCAGCUGAUUGAGCAGUAUAAUGAAGAACAGGCAACACUAAAGUUAAAACAGAAAAUGCUCAAAGAAGACUGGGAGUUUUUCAAGGCACAAAGAAAGAUCUUGGAGGAACAGGUGGCUAAAAGCACUGCCUCACCGGUGACUCAUAGCUUUGAAGCUCAAUUUACUGAGACAAUGAGGAUGAUGCUACAAGGUGCCAAGCCCAAUGCUGAAGAAUGCCACUGUCCACGUUGUAACAGGAAAAGGUGUCCUUGUGAUGAAUGCACAAUAACGCACAUGAUCACAUGUGGGAUCAUAAAUCCAGAGGCAUUGGAGGCCAGUAAUCCAGGGGGACACCCCACCUUCCUCCACGACCCCAAUCGUUAUCGAAUAGAUGUAAGCCCUCCGUCCAUGUCCAGUACAACAUCCAGCAGUGGCUCAUCUAGUCCCCUCAUCCACGAGAGACUCACUCUGCCUUUUGAUGAAUCGGCAAUUAUUCGGGAGAUUGUGGUGGACAAUGAGAAUAACAAGUCUAACGAUGGUGAAAAUGGACAUAAUGGAGGGUUUAGUGAUGGGAAUACGAAUAUAUACGAUGAUGAGGAAGAUGAAGAAGAGGAUGAUGAAGAGGAGGAGGAGGAGGAAGAUGAUGAUGAAGACAAGAUAGCAGAACAGAUGGCAGAUAUGGACAUUUGUGAUGAUGAAGAGGAGGAAGAUGAUGAUGAUGAACUUGAUAACUAUGACAUUGAAUAUGAUGAAGAGGAUGAUGUCCAAGGAUCACGGGAAAAUUCCCAGGAAAAAUCUUUGAAGGGCAUUCAGGAGAGAAUCUCUCCCUCAAUGCGUCUGGAAGAUGAUGAUGAAGAAGAGGAGGAAGAAGAUGAAGAUGACGAUGAUGAAGCACUUGAUGAUCUCAUUAGCUCAGAGAAAUGUGAUUGUUUUCACUGUAAAAGGCAGGCCCAGAAUGAACAAAAGACAAAACAAGAGGAGAAUUCUUGUAAGUGUUAUGCGUGUCUUCGGGAGCAAGGAAACACUGUAUCAACUUCAUUACCUCAGUCCAUUGCUGCAGAAAGUUCUCGCCCCGCUGAGCUCCAUUUGUAUCCCCACAUCCAUGGGUCUCCCAGCCUCCAUGGACUGCCCAAUCAUUCUCCUCUUCUGCCUACUCAGUUGUAUGACCUCCAUAUGCCACUUCGUCAGCCAAAGUCUUUACUGCAGACAUCAGGGAAAGUUCUGCCCAAGCUUGACUUUGAUUCCCCAGAGGGAAUCCACGAGCAUAUGUAUCAUGCUUAUGGAGAGUGGGAUAACACAUACGAUGCUCGCAUUCCUUUUCCCAAGUACAGCGGUAUCAGCACAGACCUCCUUCCUCCUCCUCCUCUUACAACUAAUUUUUCAACUGCAAACUUUCUGAAUGAACCGUUUUCAGUGGCAACUCAAAUGGGAAUGGAGACAGUGUCCACCACUACCAUACCAACUAGUGCUUUCAAAUCUUCAGUAAGUCACCAUGUGUCACUCUCUACACCCCAGGCAGUGGCAAAUAUCUCAAACGUCAGCCAUGACCAUAGCACUCUAAUGGUUAGUCACAAUGACUUACCUGCAAGUAGUAUGACCCCACCUUGCACAAGGCCAGUCACAUUGGGAGGCAACAUCUCACAGAAACAGGCAGGGGUUCCCACAAAUGGUGUGCCUUCAGUAGCAGACCACAAACAGCAUUCUCAACACUGUAAAAGGCAUAACUCAACCCUACUGGGAAAGAACAAUGCCAACUGCCAGUCGCACAAUAAUAACAAUCCGAACACAGUGAAGGUUACUCAGGAGUUGUUCUCAGCAGCUAGGAAUAUCCGAGAGAAUGCCAAAGAGGGCAUGCAGAUGAUUCGCCAGUUUGCCAACAGUCUGAAUGCCAACAGUAAUACCCAUUCUUGUAACCACGGUAACAGGAAUGCUUCCAACCAUGUGCAUCAGCCGACGCCGGACCACAACCACUGUCCGAAUGGCGUGUCCAUGCCAACAACUGUCAACAAUGUCAGUGUUGGGACAUCGACGGUGUGUAUGGAACCAAACUGUAACAAUCACUGUGGCGAUGACAACUGUGAUAGUGUAGACGACAGCUGCUCAGAGCAGAGUUCCUCUACAUCCACAUCCAACCAAAAGGAGGGCAAAUACUGUGAUUGCUGUUAUUGUGAAUUCUUUGGUCAUGGAAAUCCUCCUGUAGCACCAACAAGUAAGAAUUAUGAGGAGAUGAGGAAUAGACUUCGGUUAAGAUUAAAGAGAAAGCAACAAAGUGAAAAAAAGCAAGACCCUCACUAUCAGAAUUGUAUAAUGGCAAAUUCCAACCACAACAAUAAUUCACCUGCUCGCCCAGUCAAGGUUGUUCAAGUGCAAGAAUGUCCAAAGGAAGACCCAGUGGCUGGAAAGGGGCUAGAUGAACUGCUCAAUUUCAUCAAUGGUACUGAAAAUAAGGAUCAAGCCCCAGAAAAAUCUUCCAAGGCUCUGAAAAGGGCAAGACAAAAGCAACGUAAAGCUGAGGAAAAAGCUAGGAUGGAAGCCGAAAGAAUCAAAAAGGAGCAAGAGGAAGCAGAGAAAGAGAGACAAAGACUUGCUAUGAUUGAGUUAGAGGAGAGAGAGAAGGCAACCCAGAAGAAAAAGAAGAAGAAGAAAAAGAAGGGAUCAGAUGGUACCAGCAGUGUAGACUCUGAUCUGAAACUUGUUAGGGAACCACCAGCUGGUAAAGAAGAUGACAUCGACUUAGCUCAAAGAGAAAAGAGUAAAUCCAGUGCCAAGAAAUCAGCUUCCAAUACUUCCCAACCAGUAGGCAAGGUUAAAGACACUUCAAAUAAUGCCAUCUCUCCUAGGAAUACUGAGAAAACUGCCUCUGUCCCUGUAUCAAAUACUCCAAAAUCUACCAAGGAGAAGAAUGACAAGUCUAGUCUGCCUGAUAAUGUCAGAAAACAAGCCGACAAUAAAAGGAUUCCAGUUAUGAAUGGCAAUGAUAAAAAUGCUAACCAUAAAUCUAAGACUGUGAUAGAGGAAGUAUUGGAGCAGAAUGCGAAAAAAAUGAAGAAGUCUGUUGUCAAUCAUGGUAACAUUUCACAACUUGUCUCUGUUGCCACUCAGCCAGCGAAGUCAGCAGUAAGAACAACAAUAGCCCAGCCAGUCCAGCAACAUGUAAAAGCACAAAAACAACAAAAUCAACACUGUCAUGAGGAAUUGCCCAAAUCAGUAUCUGUCAGUAAGCAGACAACCCAGUCUCAAAAGCAGAGUGUCCCUCAGUCGCCACAACCAAACAGACAGCCAGUGCCCUCAGCUCGUCAUCAUCAGAUCUCAGAAGGGGUCAAAAUGAUGCAGCAUCCACCAGACUUGCAUCCACCUUUCUCAAAAAUUUCAAAACUCUCCAAACUGACACCGGAGGAGAUCAGCAAACAGCAGACGCUAGCGGCUCAACUCAUUGCCAAGCAGCAGCAACAACAGCCCUUACCCCAGAAGCAUGUUCCAAGACAAAAUGGGGUGCCAGCAGGCUCUUCCCACCAUGUUCCAGCCAGUACACAACAGAACCACAUUAUAAGGCCGUGUGUGGUACAGAAUGGGAAGACCGGCUUUCCCCAUGGAAUGAAUGGUUUGAUGUUCAGACAGCCCCCGCCUCCACCAGUCUUCUCCUCCCAGCCCCCAACGUCACUCCUACCCAAAUCACAGCCGGACAGCAAGAAGAACAAUGCCGUCAAGCUGGAGGACUCCCCACCAGACCAGGGUAAAAGUGGAAAAAACAAGAAAAAGAACAAGAAGAACAGGAAUAGUGAAGACUUGAGUGUCAUUGAUGAAAUAUUUAUGCCCAAGGCUGAUGGGGAGAUAGAUAAUGGAGAGAUGGAUGAAGUAGAAAAAGAGCUGGAGGAAUUCAAAAGAUUCUGUUUGAACAACACACCAGUGAAGAGAGAAAAGUUGCAGGUGAACAUGAAUCUGAAGGAUAUCUUUGCAAAGAAGAAGUCUGGAUUGGGAUGCAGCUAAACACCAGAAUAUGCAUCAUGUCUGGCCGAUUAAAUGUGUAGAUCAUUUGUUGUAAAUGAAAUAUGGAUCAAAUUUCUUAACAGGUUUAUAUUGAAAUUGUACUAAGUACGGUAAUUGACUGUUAGAACUUUUAAAACUGAUAAGAACAUUAUUGGUUAAAAUGGAGCUACUUGCAAUGGUAUUGCUUGACACUAUAAAGUUUUUUUAGAAUAAAUUCAAGUAAUACUGUUGGCAAGGGUUAAAUUUGAUCAGACAUUGUUUUAAUGACACAAGAUUUAAAAACAAUUCUCUACAUGUACAAAUAGAAUGAACAGAAUGAACUGCAUUGGAAUGUCAGAUUAUCCAGAAGAGGCAAACUAUGCCCCUCUAUCAAAUUUUAUAUCUUAAGGUGAUCUUCACAUUUUAUUUGCACUUGUUAAAUGCAAUGUCAUAUUUCUUCUGAAAUAUACUUCCAUGUCAGCCUGUAUGGCUUUUAGUGAUUGUUGAAUGUUUUCCUUUCUGUUGAAGGCAUUGUUUUUAUUUAUUUCUCCGUUUUAUUGGCUACUGUUAAUACCAGACUAUGCAAAGUACCUGCUGCUCUGUAAAUGUCAAUCACUUUUUUCUGUCAACUGUUUUUUAACAAUGCAUUGUUAAUGUGAAAUUGUAAAUUGAAUCAAUUUAUGAAUAUGUAUACUUUGCAUUGUGCAUCAGUAUUUGAUUUGAUGGAAUUAAUUUACGAGGCAUUUAGAGGCAGAUCUUUGGUGUCAGACGUUGAUCUAUACUGCUGUAUGUAUAUUAAUGGUGUGCGAGUGUGAUAGAUUUGUUUUUGUGCAUGAAAGACGUUGUUUGAGUUGACAUGUAGAUACAAGAGUUAAUAAUAUAUACUCCCUGCUAUACUGUACUGGAAUCCAGGAAGACUGGCUCAGUCUAACAGAAAAUUCACUAAGGGCUGAGGACAUUUUGGGCUUUGUUGCAUGUUGGCCUAAUCUUUUGAAGUUAAGUUGCCAUGUACAUCCAAUAAAUGAAAUGGACACUUUAAA